CUCGAGGCACGAGCAGAGUACCUGCUACGAAACAAGGUCACUCAAAGCGUGCUGGCAAUGGACCCCGUUCUCAAGGCAGUUCAUAGUGGUGCAAACAACACAGACGCCGAGAGGAGACUGCUGCCGAUGGUCCAUGAAAGAGACGUGAUAUCUAUGUAUCACAGCACUCUCGCGUCCCGGCUGUCAUCGACCUUGUCUGCCCUAGCAGCAGCAGAAAAAGGCAGCGUCGUUGCAAAUGAAAAGAACAAAGAGUUGUCCCAGAUCCUACUCGAGCUUGCUGAAGAGACCAAGAGUCAGUCGACAGACGAAGUCGAGGAUCCGAAGCUACGCGACAGGCUACAGGCUCUAGAUAAGAGCGUCAAGUUGUCCCGCAGACGAUGGCGCAUCAUGAAGAGCAUCAUAUCCGGCAUGAUUGUCGGCAGCGGCGUCGAGUGGGCAGACGACAACGUCUUAAGAGAGUUGGUCAUGGACGAUGAAGACGAUAUAGACUGA